CUCCCUCACCACCUCUCUGCCUCCCAAGAAACUUGCUGAACUUCCAAUAACCUCCUGCAAGCUUUUCUCCUUCUUCAGCAAAGCUGAAAAAUGGCGAUGAUCUUGGAUGCUUUUAUGAGCAAAUGCUCUACUUUACUCACCGAUUUUGUCCAGGAAGAGGUGAUCAUGUUGCUGGGUGUGAAGGGCGAGCUUCAAAAGCUUCAACAACGGAUGGUGAGUAUCCAAAGCCUACUGAAAGACGCUGAAAAGAAAAAAUUUGAUGACUCAUCCAUCGACCACUGGCUCUCUGAGCUUAAAGAUGUCAUGUAUGACGCCGACGACAUCAUUGACCUAUGCCGGAUUGAAGGCGCUCAGCUGCUCGCCGAUCAGAAUCAUAAAUCUAAAACAUCUCCGGGCGGCGGGUUUUCACCAGGGAAGCUCAGGGCUAUGCUUCUUGGAGUGGAAAAGAGGAGAAAAGGUGAGGAGGAGCUCGAGGCACGGUUUUCUCUAAGAUCUGACCUUGGAGAGGCGGAGAACCGAGGUACGAGCCUAGAGGAGAACUGCAAGGAUGUGGGCAUUGUGAGUUUGAACUCGAGGGUUUCAGCGCCUGUGGAGGAUUUUCCUGACUCGGAGACCGUGUUGUCGGGGUUCGAGUUCCAGAAGGCAGAGCGUGCGCAGCACCAUCGACCCGUGCUCAUGCCCCCGUUCUCAAAGCCAGCGCCUUCGAAGUGGGACGACGCGCAGAAGUGGAUUGCGAGUCCCAUGUCAAAUAGGCAACGCGGGCUAGCUCAGCUGAAGAAAAUGGGGUUCAUGGGGCAUGGUGUCAGGCAACAGGCGUCAUCGGCCAAGGUUAUUUUAGAAGUUUCGGACGAGGCUGAAACGAAGAGGAUCGAUCUGAAUCAGGAAAGGAAGGAAAUGGAUGGGAAGAGGGGGGUGGUUUGGUUACCAGAGCCAUACACUGAGGUGGAUUUGGACAUGAAGGAUGCUCCUAUGCUUGAGGACUAUGCUCCGGAUUCUACCAUUAGUCUUAGCCAACAUGAUACUUCAGCUUCUACUCACAAUGACACUAGUUACAUCAUGCCACCAACCAUAGUAAAAGCUAUCUCCAUGAGGGAUAUGGGAACUGAAAUGACCCCAAUUGCUAGCCAAGAGCCAUCUCAAACUGGAACUCCUGUUAGAGCAACAACGCCAUCAAGAAGCCCAACUUAUUCAAGAGCAUCCACACCAAAAAGAACUGCAUCUUCCAGCAUUCCAAUUGAUUCAGUUGAUUCCAACGGUGAUAAAGAAAUUACUGAAAAGCAGCUGAGGCUCAAAACUAGAAAAGAGAUCAUGGUUCUCGGCACACAGUUGGGCAAGAUGAACAUUGCAGCUUGGGCAAGUAAAGAAGAUGAAGCAACUAAUUCAUCUGUUUCCUUGAAGACAGACCAGCCACCAAAAAGCAUGAUUGAUACUCGUGCAGUAGCUUGGGAAGAGGCAGAAAAGGCCAAAUACAUAGCUAGGUUUAAACGGGAAGAAAUCAAAAUUCAAGCCUGGGAAAAUCAUCAGAAAGCCAAAACGGAAGCUGAAAUGAGAAAAGUUGAGGUAUUAUGGAUAGUCUGUAGAUUUUUUUCUCCAUGUAACAUUUUCAUCAUUUUAUCACAUGGAUUAGGUUUUUGAUAGGAAAUACUUGAG